UGAGAGAGGGAGAGAGAUAAGGACAAGAGUGGCCCAUCAAUACAGUGACCAAGCACGGGAGCGCAACACACACCCCUAACUCUAAUCGCAAGCAUCUCGAUUCCGGGAAGUCCUGCAACACCUCGAACCCUCGUCCACUUUCCCACCUUCACUGAUCAAAACACGGACACUAAGGGCCUUCUCUCCGUUUUUAAAGUGGACCUAACACCGCCUUACUUUCUUGACAUGGGAGACAUGGGGGAUCCACCAAAAAAAAAGCGUCUAAUCUCACUGUGUGUCGGCUGUGGGAAUCAAAUUCAUGACCAGUAUAUUUUGCGGGUGUCCCCGGACCUGGAGUGGCAUGCGGCGUGUUUGAAAUGUGCAGAAUGUAAUCAGUAUCUAGACGAGUCCUGUACGUGUUUUGUCCGAGAUGGAAAAACUUACUGUAAACGGGACUACAUAAGGUUAUACGGCAUUAAAUGUGCUAAGUGCAACAUCGGUUUCAGCAAGAAUGACUUUGUGAUGAGAGCACGCUCGAAGGUUUAUCAUAUUGAGUGUUUUAGAUGUGUGGCGUGUAGUCGGCAGCUCAUCCCAGGAGAUGAAUUCGCUCUGCGGGAAGAUGGACUCUUCUGCAGGGCCGACCACGACGUAGUGGAGCGGGCAACAAUGGGUGCUGGUGACCCAUUAAGCCCAUUACAUCCGGCGAGACCUUUACAAAUGGCAGCAGAGCCCAUUUCGGCACGUCAGCCUGCGCUCCGACCGCAUGUGCACAAGCAACCCGAGAAAACAACCCGCGUCCGGACAGUACUUAACGAAAAACAACUCCAUACAUUGAGGACUUGUUACAAUGCCAACCCUCGACCCGAUGCCCUUAUGAAAGAGCAACUCGUUGAAAUGACGGGUCUCAGCCCGAGAGUCAUCAGGGUUUGGUUUCAAAACAAGCGCUGCAAGGACAAAAAGAGGAGUAUACUAAUGAAACAACUUCAGCAGCAGCAACCCAACGACAAAACGAACAUCCAGGGGAUGACAGGAACUCCAAUGGUGGCAACCAGUCCAGAGAGACACGACGGUGGUUUGCAGGCAAACCAAGUGGAGGUGCAGAGUUACCAACCGCCUUGGAAAGUCCUGAGUGACUUCGCACUGCAGAGUGACAUCGACCAGCCUGCUUUCCAGCAACUGGUUAAUUUUUCUGAAGGAGGUCCUGGCUCAAACUCGACAGGAAGCGAGGUCGCCUCGAUGUCCUCGCAACUGCCAGAUACACCAAACAGUAUGGUAGCGAGUCCUAUAGAGGCCUAGGCGAACGGAUUAUCUCCUGCACCAGAAAUUUAGCAAAGAAUGCGUCGGGGAACCAAUCUCAGAGAGGGGGUCGAUCGUGAAGUUUCUUCCAUCCCUGUUUCAUAUAGGGCCACGCCUGAAUAAAACCCAUCCUCCAACUGCACGAGGCCUCUAUAUCGAAACAUCCCUUGGUUGUAUUUAUACACUGUGAUGACAAUCGUGGGAUUUAAACACACUCAGCUGUACCGAGAAAGUCCAACGAGUGUCGCGAAAAGACCUUUCAGAAGUACAUUAUCGUUGAUGAGAAGUUGCAAACUUCAGCGAAAGUGGACACAGACGGUGCACGCAUUCACAUGACCAUUGCAGUGCUCCGCGGCCGAAUGGACCUUGUUGGCUACACUUUUGCCAAAUACCCCUUCAUAUCUUUUCCCACUUUUUAUGACAAAUCAAUGGACCUCUACGGAUUUAAGACGCAAACGAACGUAGUCUAAUAUACAUUCAUAUACCUACUUUUGUGCGCAACGUGAGUAGCCUAUAAAGAACCCAUGGCUGUUUAUUCUGUUUCUAUUAAAUAGAUCGAAAUGGACUAUAGUUCACAAAUAAGACGUUUUAAAGAGGUUAUGGCCGCCGAGGUCUACUGCGAUUAGAGAGUUUUGUAAUAUGGUCUCUUUUCAAGUCCAAGUACUAAAGCAUUGCAACAAGGUAUACCUCUCUUUUGCCACAAGCUGUGUGGGAAUUUCAUGUGUUCGUGUCCGUCCAAGAACGUUUUCUUUCCCAAAGAUGUGUAUAGGUUUAAGUUAAUAUGACUGAUUAGCUCUGGAGGCUUCUUUUUGUUCCUGUACCACAAAAUAUUUUAUUAUUUAUUGUCGAGACAUGCCACUUUUGUGUACUUUUACUUGCUGAAGUAAAAAAGAGGAAAAGAAUAUUGUCGACUCCGGAUGAAUGAUGUCGACGAACAACGUCAUAUGUAGAGUUAUCUUUAGGAAAAUUUGAUCAAUAAAAUCUGACGUGUACUGUAACUAAACAGCGGGACACGAGGUUUUAAAAAAAUGAAUCAUUGAUAACCUACACUUUUUUCACAUCACACUUUUGUGUAGCUAUUAUUGUAUCACCAUUAAAGGUAAGACAAGAGAAAAACAAUCACAACUUGAUCCAAUAACAUGGGUAAGCACAAUACAUUAACUUUUCAUACAACAAAAUAUCAAUAUAAACUUUAAUCUUAGUUUAUUGUGUAUUUCAGUACUGAGUGUAACAAUUGAUCAUCAUAGCUGGCCUACAGAAUUAGGGAAUAACCAUGUUAUUAUUAUACAGAAUAAACUGAGCACUCUAAAGUGCAAGCAGUUGUGAUAUAACAUUACACUAAACAAAAACUCCCAACUUUCAGGGAAUCAUAUCAGGGUUGUCAUAAAUAGUA